UAUGUGUGGCCAGUGCUAAACUUUUUUUUCUUAGCCACACAGACCCAAAGAAAGGGUUAGGAUUAGAUUAAUAUUUAGCCUUGGAUGCACUUAAAAUACAAAUUAUUUGAUGUAUUUCCAUCAGUUUUUGUUCUUAGCCACACAUAAAUAUAAGUUUAUAACUUUAAAAAGCCUUCUUUAUUUAAUUUUCUUAUUUUUGUACGUAACUCUUCAAACAAGAGCAGAUUUUAACGAAAAAUUACCCAUAACCUAAUAACCCCUAUGAAUAUUCUUCCUUUCAAACUUGUUUUAACAGAUAAAAAUAACAACAAAUCAAGAUUAAUGUAAAAUAAACAAGCUGUAAUGAAAGAAAGACGAAAUGUAGGAACUGGAUGUGUCCCCUUUGACUGUUACACAAGACGUGCUCAGAUAACUGAAGGAAAGCUUGAUUAUCUUAGCACUUUUUACUGGGCUAUAAACUGGAAAUUUGACUUUUUUUUUUUUUUUUUUUAGCUUUGACGACCCCAUUGAGUGAAUACAUUUGGUUUAGUGGAAAUACCACAAAUGUAAAUGUGUUUUAAGGAGGGAAAGUGUCAAAAACUUUAGAUACGUCACUGGGAAAUUCUCUAUAUCACCCGAAAGUUACUAAUUUCGAUGAAAUGACGACUUAAAUUGAAAAACGAAACUAGCAUAGCAUCGAAAAAUGGACUUAUUCGGUUAGCUUGAUUCUUGAAGUCGUUUUUAGUGGGCAAACAGGAACAAGUUCUAGCUUUUCGACACGACGGUUUAUCUUCUUUGCCGUGAAAAUGUGUCGAUUUAGUCAAAGCAAUGAUAUCUUAAAACAGGAACCGUGUGGCUUAACAGCGAAAGGGAGGAAAAGAGCCCUCAACCGGCAGUUGGGUGUGCCGACAGCAGAUGCGGAGUGUUUAUCAGCAUCACCAUCGAUUAUUGCGAUUCCCUUCAAGCAUCCCCACAUAACACCGGGCUCGCGGGAGACAGCGGUGUUACAUGUUUGAGGGAGCCGAACGUCAACAACAUGACCAUUAAAAAUGCUCUCCGGGACCAUGGACAGAGGUACCGACCACGGAUGGCGUGCCUCAAGAAGGCGGAGAAGAUGCUGCUGGAGAUGCAGGAUCCCUGCUCCGGAGUCAAGUCGCAGCCUCAGCGGCUGGUCAUAACGACCAUACCGCAUGCUAUCACAGGUGAAGACAUAAUUGCUUGGUUAGCAGACAGAUUCCAAAUUGACUCACAAGAGGCGAAGAAUUUGGGUUCUCUGCUGGUGGCAUUAGGAUACAUCUACCCUCUACAAGACCACAAACGCUUGCUGAUCAAACCAGAUGCAUCCCUGUAUCGCUUUCAGACUCCGUAUUUCUGGCCCACACAGCUGUGGCCUGUUGAGGAUACAGAUUAUGCAAUCUAUCUUGCAAAAAGAAACAUACGAAAGAAGGGAAUCCUGGAGCUGCACGAGCAGGAGCAGUACAACCGCCUUCACAAGUGGAUGAAUCAUAAAUGGGAUUUCAUAGUGAUGCAAGCCAAGGAGCAGUACAGAGCUGCAAAAGAGAGGAAGAAACCAGACCGAGUGGUGUUUGAUUGUCAGGAGAGAGCAUACUGGGUUGUUCACAGACCUCCGCCGGGGACGGUGAGCGCCAUGGACUAUGGGCUGGAGCGGCGAGCCGAUCCAAACGCAGAGGAGACGAAAACCCCCGACUAUUACGAGCGAAUUAUGAUCUUUACCCAACAGUCUAUCAUGAGGCCCAGAGUGAAGUCAUCCGUGUCCAUUGGCGCAUUGGUAAAGUACUGUGCCACGUAUACCGGUCACGACCCUUUCCUCUCCAAAUGUCUGCCAAGUAACCCCUGGCUCACCGAUGACAACACAUACUGGAACCUCAAUAUGCCCAAUGUGGAGAUACCUACAAAGAUGCGCGUGGAGCGGUGGACCUUCAGUUUUAGCGAGCUGCUCGCAGACCCUCGAGGACGAGAUGAUUUCAGACUCUUCCUAAAGAAGGAGUUUAGCGGUGAGAACUUGGCAUUCUGGGAAAGCUGUGAGGAUCUGAAAUGGGGAACGGCUGCAACAAUGAAGGAGAAGGCAGAGCACAUUUACAAGACGUUCCUGGCUCGCGGCGCUCCACGGUGGAUCAACAUUGAUGGGAAGACCAUGGAGAUCACAGUGAAGGGGCUGAAACACCCACACAGAUAUGUUCUGGAUGCAGCACAAACUCAUAUCUACAUGCUCAUGAAGAAGGACUCGUAUGGCCGCUACCUAAAAUCUCCGGUCUUUAAGGACACCGUGAAAAAAGCCAUUUGUCCUGACGAGCACAGGUUCAGCGUGUCCCAGUUGGAGCAGAAUGCCAGGAACAGACGGCCCAGCCUCAGCCCCAUCAUCAUUCGACAGCAGGAGCAGGAGCAGAAGGCCAAGAUGGCUGCCAAUGCCCCCGUUGACAUCACACAGCUGUGCCGCUUCACCACCCCUGUCCCCCACCUUGCUGUGUACUCUGGCAUCACCGACACCACCCUAGCCAACGCCUCUUCCCCUCUGCCCUUCCUGACCCGCUCCCCAGCCUGUCCGUCCCCCAUCAGCGUGGCGUUAGACAGCACCUCGGUUUCCGAGCGCCGCCCGGAGACCAGCGAAGGAGAAGGAGACAGGAACUCUGAGGCCCCGGCCCCUGCAGGGGGGAACGCGCCCAAGUCUCGAGUGGCCUCGUCUCUGCGCCGCCUGCUGAAGCGCGGCUGCAGCCCCUCAGCCAUGUUUGCGAGCUUGUCGCCUAAAUGUCACGCAGCUGCAGGGACGAGCAGCCGCAUUCAGCCCAUCAGCCCUGAUGAACCCAGUCAGGCCCCCUCCAGGAGGAUUGGCAAUUUUUUCCAGAUCAGGGUAGACAUUCCUCCGGAGUGCCGGAUCUACCCCAUCGAGUCAGAGGACGAGGAGGAGGACAACCGGCCUCCCUCUGGAAGACUGAUGCGGCCCGAGGAGAUCAUCUGCCCCUGGGAGAGCCUCACUCCCCAGAACGGAAAACAGAGCUAACAUGCUGAGUUUAUGCAGGUGGAACACGGCGGGGCGCCAGCGCCUCAACAUGUAACAUAGAGUACAUACCAAACAAUGAGCCACUCACAGCUCUCACUUUGGUGGCGAGAAACCACACAGUUGCUUGUUUACGUCUUGCACAUCUGUUGGAUGA